AAUUAGUUUAUUUUAACAAAUGAAUAAAUACUCAAAUCAUGACUCAAUUAUAUAAUCAAUUUCGAUCCGGAUAUGGUGAAUUAAAGUUAGCUACCAAAUUAUCUUUUGCCUGUGGCCAUUUCUUUAAUGAUCUAUGUUCAUGUAUGUGGUUUACAUAUCUUUUGGUAUAUUUUCAAUAUGUUAUAUGUUUGAGUAAUACCUACUCUGGUUAUUCAUUAUUGAUUGGACAAUUAGCUGAUGGAAUAUCAACAUUAUUUGUAGGUAUUGAAUCAGAUGAAACAUUUAUCAACUCAAAAUAUGGGCAAAGAAAAAUAUGGCAUUUGAUUGGAACCAUUUGUGUGACCCUGUCUUUCGCCUUCAUAUUUUCACCUCCCCCGUUAAUCUUCAUGCCUCAUCUGGGGUUUUCCAUGUUUACUCCUGCCUUUUCCACUUUCAAUUAUAGCAUUUCUAUGUUGAUAGCCUACCUCCAUGCUAUGCCUCAAUGGGUCAAAAUGAUAUAUUACGUUCCCUUAAUAAUUGUAUUCCAGUUCGGGUGGGCUUGCGUUCAGAUAUCCCAUCUUUCCCUCAUACCUAGGCUCAGUUCUGAUCCCAAUAUACGAGUCGAAUUGACGUCUUUCAGAUAUGCAUUUUCAGUAUCGGCUUACAUCCUCACCUACACUAUAUCAUGGUAUUUUUUGCAUUCCGAUAAAAUUUCGAUCUCCAAAGCAGAUGAUAAAAUAACUCCCAAAAAUAUAUUCGCGUUUGAAAAAAUAGUAUUCAGUGUAAUCGGGCUAGGCAUCAUAUCCUCGUUAAUUUUUCACCUCAUGACAAAAGAACCAAACGGGUUUAAUUUCAACGAAAAAUCUCCUAUCCAUCCAGAAAGAGAUAGAGAUAAAGUAAAUGAUGCCCAAAAUAGUGGAUCAUCUUUCGAAUCGAAUUCAUUCAAAGAUAUUUCUAUCAAUGACAUAUCAUCUGAUGAAUGUAUUCAAAAAAUAGAUGAUCACGUAAAAAGAAAAAUCCCUGGCUGGAGAGGCUGGCUGAAGAUUAGAUUAUUUUAUCAGAACUCGGCCGUAUACAUGCUCACACGCUUAUCUAGUAAUAUUUCCAUGGUUUACAUACCCUUAUACCUCUUAGAAACUCAGAAAUUGGACAAAACUUGCAUAGCUCUCAUACCUCUAGUCAUAUACAUAAGUGGAUUUGUAACGGCUUUAUGUAUGAAACGACUGAAUAUAUUGCUUGGAAGAAAAAUUGUAUACGCCUUAGGAACAAUCCUUUUAAUAGUUUCUUGUAUGUGUAUGUGGUUCCAAAACCUUGGAACAAAAAUUUAUAUCAUUGCACCCUGUCUGGGUGCAGCUACUUCAACUCUAAUUAUAGUCUCUCUUUCAUUGACAGCGGACCUUAUAGGAUCUAAUAUUGCCACAAGCUCAUUCAUUUACGGUUCCAUGAGCUUGGUAGAUAAGAUAUCGAAUGGACUUGCUAUUUUGUUGUUGCAAAAUUUUUACCCAUUCAAGGAUAUAACCCUGUGCGGCGAUUAUUUCCGCUACAUUAUGACAUUCUUCCCUUCCAUCGCAACUAUUUUAGCUUUAGCUAUAGUCGUUUAUAUGCCAAAAAUGUAUAAAGAUAACUCAGAAGAAACAACUGUAGAAAAUCGUAUUGAUGAAAUCAAGCCCUUAUUAUCGUAAUAGAUAAGAAAUAAAACCCCGCAGAUUCUCAAAAAUAAUUUCAUAGACUAUUUUAUUUAGAUAGUUUUAGAUUAUUUUAAAGAAAAUUUUAUAAUAGAAAAAAUAUUUAUGAUUUAUAUUCAUGGAAGAAAAUUAAAACUAUUUACAUUUAGUAUUAUUUAUCAAAAUAUUAUUA